UGUUGGGCCAUCAAUGCAUCAAGGUGUGUAUAUCGUACAUGUCACAGGGAGGUCGUAUGACAACUAGAAGGUGCAGACCGUGCCCAAAAUACACUAUGUGCCUUGGACAAUGCUCUCCUCUAGAGCUAGCAGAUAUUUGACAUACAUGUCCAACAUGUAGAUGUCAUGCCACUCCGUGUGAGGUUUUUAUGCGGAUUACAUUUUUGAACCAAGUCAUCCCAGGACCACCCUUUCAAAACCCCUUCUGGAUCUGAGGAUUUUAAGAGGGGGCUGCCAAUGGACAAGACACGUAAAUUGUGUUUUUAUCAACUGAUGGAAAGAUGUCCACAGAAUUCUCGCCACCUGUUUGGCAUCCUCGCAUAAAUACCAUCUUCCUCCAAUUGAAUUCCCUCGCCUUUGUCAUCGUUUUCAACCAUGCCUCCUGCCAACGACACGACCAAUUAUGAUGAGACAUGUCCACUCCUCCGCACUUCCAAUCCUCACACCACCGAAGCUCAAAUUGCUGAGAAACCCAAGCCCACUCCUUUACCCAAGGGUCAACUCGCUGCACUCUGUGUAGUUCGUCUAGUCGAUCCCAUAGCGUUCACCCAGGUCUUUCCAUACGUCAACGAAUUCAUGAGCGAUCUCCAUCUUACAGAUGACCCUUCGAAAAUAGGCUUUUACAGCGGCUUGGUUGAGAGCAUAUUUGCUAUAUCUCAACUGUGUUCAAUCUACCAUUGGGCUAAGAUAUCAGAUGUUAUUGGACGACGCCCUGUGAUAUUUUUGGGCAUUAUUGGCCUUACCAUGUCCACCCUGAUGUUUGGUUUGUCCAAAUCGCUGGCCAGUGUCUUGCUGGUGCGUUGCUUAGGGGGACUAUUUUCGGGAAACAUCGCUGUCAUUCAUUCGGUUUUGGGAGAAAUUACCGAUUCCACAAACCAGAUGGUUGCUUUGCCCAUAUACGGCCUCACCUGGCCGCUUGGUUCAAUCAUUGGACCACUUAUUGGCGGGACGUUCUCUCACCCAGCCUCAAAAUAUCCCAAGAUACUUGGGUACCAGUUCCUUAAGAAUUAUCCCUAUUUCCUGCCAUGCUUCAUUGCAUCCGUGAUCGCUAUUAUUGGUGUUUUCCUUGGAUUCCUUUUCCUUGAAGAAACUCUCCCCAGUAAGCGCAUUUGCAAGAAAAGCGGCUCUUCUACUGCAAGCACCAAUGGUGAAUGUGCCAUAAUUGCGCCGGCCCUUCCUGACAAGCCUUUCGGUGUUUCAAAAUUAUUAUCGAUACCAAUCAUAUCCGCUUUGGCAUUAUCUGGCUUCACGCUGAGCUAUCUUGCCACAUCCUUCGACGUUGUAUUUGUCUUGUUCUGCUACUCGCCAAUUGAAUCCGGCGGUCUGGCAUUCUCAGCAUCGCAAAUUGGAUACUCCCUUGCUACUGCGGGCGCUAUUGCUGCUGCUAUCCAGCUUUGCAUCAUGUCCUACCUGCUUCGAACGUUUGAAUCUGCGAAAUUGUAUAACUUCUGCAUGGCUUUAUGGCCUUAUACCUUCCUCGUCUUGCCCAUUUUGAACCUUAUCGCUCGUGCUGGCUCGGAUGAGACCACCGGCGAACUUGGAACGGCCACUAUCGCUUUCCUAUGGGUUGGUAUCGCUUUCGUCCUCAUGUUGACCAAGGUUGCUUCGCUGGCAUAUUCCAUCAGCAUGAUUCUGACCAAGGAGAACGCUCCGAAUGCCGCAUCGCUGGGGCAGUCAAACGGUAUAGUUCAAUUUGCGAUGUGUUUCGCGCGAUCGUUCGCUCCCUUUCUGGUCAGCUCCCUGUUUGCAAUUUCCGUUGAGUACAACCUGUUGGGUGGAUACCUGUGGGUUGCUAUUAUGGUAACGGUCUCGUUCCUGGGCACGACGAUGUCGCGCAAGAUCGAGCAGCACAGUGCUAAGACGAUCGGUUGAACGCAGUCUAUUUCCAAUAGAAGAGCUAUCGCAGAGGCAAUAAGGAACCACAUUCUAUAUCUCCACAGGCAUCAUAUCACGACACCAUCACGGCUAUCCGUACUAUUUCAAUCCUCGUUCAUAUCCGUAUCUUUCGUUACUGUUAGUUACAAGUUCAUUUUAUCGCUGUUUCUUAUAGGGGCACU